GUGUCUUUCACCAAAUUCUUGCAAGUUCCUGUGAAUGCUUUUAUUACAAAUUAAAAUUCUACUUUGAUUGCUUUAAUGACUUAGAUAUUAUUACUGAAGUGGAUCUAGCGGCCUCUUUUUAGUUUUAUUAUUUUUUUCAAACUGACUUAAAGGUGAUUUACUCCCAAUCAUCAGAAAUUCUUGAAUUUUAACUUACUAAAGCUUUUUCUUUUCGUUUUAUUUUUGUUUUUUAAUAUAUUUUGCGUUUCUUUGCUCUGACUUUGUCAGUUUCGGGGUAGAAGUUUUUUAUUUUUUUCUAAAGACACUUUGAAAGCUCAAUUACUUUUGAUACGUCAAAAGGUUAAUAACAAUUGAGACUCAUGCCUCCUCUAACGGUAAAUGACUCCGACAAUGGCUCCGAAAACAUCGGGUUUGAUCCUUCAUCAACAUUGUUAGGCAAACUACUGAUUUUCCUAAUAGUGGCUCUGUGCUUCUCGUUUAUCUUUUCUAUGUUAUUUCGUGAACACCGUAAUGCAUUGCAUAUUCUGCGAGAGCGACAAGGGCUUAUUUCGAGACAACGCAGAGGGCGCAUCGAAGCUACAGAUACCGCUUUACAGAGACGACGAAACAAUGAGCCUUUGCCCACUUAUGAACCUCCAGAAAUUAGUACUUUCGCAAAUGUUGAAGACUACCCUGUUUCAAAUACCCCUCCACCACCGGCUACUUUUAAUGAGCUUGGAGAAUUCGUGGAACAAAACCCCGUAAGUGCUUCUGGUUUUCCUGAGAGCCCGCCUUCUUAUGAUAACAUUUCUUUUGCACAAGAUGAAACGAGUUUGAAAUAAAACUUUGCGUCUUUUUCUUGUAUAUUUUUUUUUCCACAUACUCUUUGCGUUAUGAUCAUCUAUAAUAAUUCGUUUGGGUCCUUUUGUUUUUACUUCUGAAUGUCGUUUUAUGUUACACUAUUAUUAUCAAUAUAUACUGAUUUGGCUCAU